GUUUGACCACAACACAUAGUUUACUAUAGAUCAGUACCGUAUACAGUUUGGCCGUUGGGAAUAUUGUGUGCAAGAAGUGGACGGCGUUGAUACUAGUGGUUUUUUUUAAACAACUUUUGACAUUGUAUGUUUGAUAUUUGAGAGUCAUGUCAUCAACAGCAGAAAAAUCGAAGACAGACGAUGCUAUGGGGGAUAACAAGUAUUUGAAUUUACCGCUAAAUCUGCAGUCCUCUAAGGAAAAUGUCGCCAUACAGCUGGGUGUUGGUGAAAGCCUACCGAAACAAAACAGUGAUUCACACGGUAGGCCAAUGGAAAGUUAUGCCCAAAUGAUUGCGAAAGCUAUUAAAUCCAGCAGUAGUUACAGUGCUUCACUUCCAGAAAUAUACGAAUUCAUAACGAGUAAAUAUCCAUUUUAUUGUGAAAACAGAAUGCAUUGGAAGAAUUCUGUACGCCACAAUCUAACAGUUCAGAAGGAACUAUUUAAACGCUUACCUGGAUAUGAGUUGGAUGCUCGUGGCUGUUCACGAUGGACUUUAGCUGACGGAUUUGAAGAGUUGCUACAAAAACGCCAGAAAAGACGUAACUCCUCAUUGCGUACGGCUGGACAAAAAUAUUCCGUGCGUCCAAAGUUUAAAAAAAUUGUUCAAAUUGAGAAAAACACAAUAUCGCCGCGUGCUCUCAAUCCUGGUCCACAAAUACAGAUCUCGCCACCUGAAUCGCCUGCUUCGGUGACGUCAGUAUCGGCACCUGAGGACAAUGUUGUUUUCAAUGAUCCGUCUUUUGCAAAUCUCACCUCAGCGGAGUCAGUUUCGCUGACGGACAGCGACUCCUCCGUAUUAUACCAAGAUCAUUAUAUUUAUACAAAAUCUAAUUUUGAAUCGUCAGAUAGAAGCGAGACCGCUUUAUGGGAAACCGCAAUUUCCGGAGAGGUUUUACCUGGAGAAUUGUCUCCAUACAAGGAAGAUUUUUACCCUUCACCUCCAGAAGCUGUCCCGGUUUCCAUUUGGAAAAACGAAAGCGUACCGCUUCAAGUAGGUGAACUUACGCCGCUAAGCACCCUCGAUGUUUUUCAGGUUCUUCAUAGUAACGAGGUAGGCCUAUCACCUCUAUACGAACAACAACUUGGUAGACCUGCAAUAAGUAAUUUUAGAUAUUAUGUUGACGGUGAAAAUCAACAGAAUGGUAUGAGAAGCCAGUUAGCCAUAUAUGGAAAUGCCCGGUCACUGAUUGUACCUAAGACUCCAAUCGACCAAGUACUUGUUGUUGACACGAAUUGUCCGCCAUUGUGCACUGUAUAACAAAUCCAAACUCGAUAGGACAGUUUUAAGGCAAAUUUAUGUAAUUGUAUAACGCACAAAAGCGAAUUUUGCUACCACACGUCACACAAACGUUGAAAAGUGACAACUUUAAAUGCAUAGCUUUAAAGGAAUAGCAGGUGGAAUGCGCUGGAAGUUUUCAUGUGCAAUGAUAUGUUUGUAACGCAGUGAAAACAACUGAUAUUGUGUAUAUUAAACUAAACACAUAACGAUAAAAUUAAUUUACAACUGAAAUUUUACUAAAACCUGUAACAAUAUAAUUAUUCGUUGUAGUUCUGAUAACUGUAAAGGUGAUUAAAAAUGUAAUUAUACUUUUUUUACUGAAAAAUUUUGAUACAUUUUAUGCAGAUAUUUAGGCCUAUCUUAAUCAAUUUGUACAUUUGUUUGUUUUCCUUUAAGUUGUUUUUGAACAAAUGUUUGAUCAAUAAACAUAAUUAUAUUCAAAA